GCAAUAAAUAAUAUUGUCGUACGAUAAGAAUUUGCAAUGCCAGUCAAUUUAGUGUUAUAGUAUAGUUAUGAAAUGGACCUUAACGUCGAGCUACUUUUCUUACUUAUUGCAGUAACGACAUGCGUAGGAGAGCUCCCAAUUACUGGUACCUUGUGUGGAUGUAAAAUGGUAAGACAAUGCUACGUGGAUAUGCUGGUCGAUCUGCAUGAACAGGACGAGGCCAUGUGCAUAGAUGAUGUUGAAGUCGGCACCAGUACCUAUAUGGUUUAUUUCAAAGCGCUGCAAAAGUAUUGCAGCUCAGUUUUUAAUGUCACGUCUCAAUACAUGACGGCGGAAUCUAGAAAUCUCUACGAGGUCACGGUAUACAUGCCAAAUGAAGACAAUGAAGAUAAGAAAAAUGAAAACGUACCAGUAAUUCUGAUGGAAGCUGGACAGACCGGGGGCGUGGAGCCAUUGAGACUGAUUUUGUCGUUUAUAGAGCGCCUGGUGGCGUGCGAGGAGAACGAUAAUAUGAUUCAGAACGUGCGAUGGGUCUUCCUCCCAUGCACUAAUCCUGAUGGCUUGGAGUACACACGAUUUGAUCGUCCCGAUUGGGCAAAGAAUACAAGAAAACUUGAAGGUAGUGGAAGCUAUGGAGUUGCCAUCUCUAAAAAUUUUGACUCUCAUUGGAACGAAUGUGAGAAAGUCAAAAGUAUGCUGGACAAAUAUUACCCUGGCCCAUCGCCUGCUUCCGAAAUCGAAACUAAAUUCAUCAGAAAUACGCUUUUGAAGUAUAAGGAUGAUAUAAAGGCUUAUUUAUCACUUAGGCGAGAAGGGCAGCACGGGUUACUGUAUCCACACGCUUUUUCGGAUAAAACUGAUGAUGUCGAUCCUCGUCAAGUAAAAAUAGCUGAACUGAUUAGCUUGAAGGUGAACCAGCGUGGCGGAGGUCUUCAGGCAUUUGUCAACGACAGCAUCUACAGAAUAAACAACAAACCGAUGUGUGGAAACAGUGUGGAUUACGCGCACGCGCAGGGAAUACAGCUGCCGUAUGAGCUACGGGUGGGUUUUGAAAAGGACUUAGAAAUCCUAAAAACGUUUCAGACCGUGAGCGCGAAUCACGAUGCAGCUCUAAGGGCCUCGUACUUCAGUGGCAUCAGAGAACUUCAUGCCUUAGUAACUGCACAUGCAUAAAGAGGCACAACCUUGU